GUCGGGGGCAAGGCUCUGCAGCUGAUGAAUUAGCGGAGUGUGGAGACACGCAGCGCUGCCCCGGCGCGGUCCGACCGAGCGGGAAGCGGUCGGGCAGCCCCCCCUUGGGACGAGCCGCGGAGGCGCCGCGGGGCGGGGCCCGGGCGCCCGGGCCCACAACACAGAGCGACCAUGCUCCGCUGGGCUCUCGCCGCCGCCGCCCUGAGCGUUUGUGUGAACGGGCAGUGCGCCGAGAACUGCCGGACCUGCAAGUCUGUGAGUUCAACGGACUGCGAGACGUGUAGCGACGGCUACGUCUUGAUCGACGAGGACCUGGACGGCGUCGGCGCGUGCGCGCCGCUGAGCGUGGACUGGGACUUCAACGCCGGGGCGUGUAGCUCGUCAUUGAGCGAUCAUGUGGGCUUGGCCUCGGAUCUAGAAGGGUGCUGGGCGCUCUGCAGCGAGCGGUACGGCGCGAACCUCAAGGCCAUCGACUUGGAUUCCAACAACUGGUGCACGUGCCAGGACGCCUGCGAGUGCAUGGAUCCCGGGAAUGGGGGGGGCUACUACGUGAUGACUUCGUUGGAUUUCGCGAACGGCCUGCCUGCGGCGUGCGAGACCGACGAGGCGCCCUUCGUGUGCGAGGCGACGUGCCCCGACGGCAGCGCCGCGACGUGCUGCGAUGACGACGGCAGCUGCGAGGACGGUGACGACGACUGGUGCUGCGGCGACGACUACCUGUGUUCGAACGACAGCAAGGAGUGGGCGGUCUCGAUGGGCGGCGAGCUCUGCUGCGUCUUGGACACGAUCAAGUGGGGCGCCACGGGCACCUGGUGCAGGUCCGAUCUGGAUCAUCUCGUGGGGCUGGCGGCGACCUUGGAAGACUGCUGGACCUUCUGCGUCGAGGCCUAUCCGGACGUUCUGGCAGCCGUCGACUUGAACGACCGGGGCGAGUGCUUUUGUCAAGACGCGUGCACGUGCCUCGACACCCGGGAUGGGAUAGAGGCGCAGCUCAUGACGACGGCAAAUAUCGCAUACUUGCCGGAGGCGUGCCCCGGCUGGGAUCCAUGCGUCGGCUGCGUCGACGUCGACGACGGCGACGAUAAAGGGGCAAGGCGGGAGGUCGAGCUCCUGGUCUUCGCGAUGGCCGCGACGGUCGUCGUCUGCUGCUGCUUCGCGGCGGCGGUGCUCGCCGUGGCGGCGCGCGUCAUCUAUCGGCGGAAGCCGCUGGCCGAGCCGCCGCGCGCGACGGCCGUCGAGUGGCCGAACGUCCCGCACGAGGCCGUCGUCGUGCUCUGAGCCUCGCGACAAAAAAAGCAUCUUUCGCAAGUCCUCCAUGACCCCCUUCCGUCGCUCCUUUGUGUGAUAAUCUCCUUUUUGCUCUUGAA